GUAACUAUAGAUGAAACUGUUAUUUAUUAUGUUAGAUUCAAUUCACCAUAACACACAUCCAGAUUGCAUGAGGAAACACUACAUGGCAUGUGGGAGAGGACCUACUAAUAGUAAGCACUAUACUGUAUUAAAAACACAAUGUAAGGGGCAACAAUGUAGACCCAAAGUGGGCUAAAAACAAUGUUAAAAUAAAUAAAUAAGACUAAAAACACAACACUAGGGAUUUGUUCUGGUCAGUAGUGUACAUAUGGAAUAAUAAGAGAGAGGCAGAUAGAUACUAUAAGGAAAAUAAAAUAGGAAAGAGUUAGAGAAAGCCAUUAUUUACAACAGAGAGGGAAUACAAUGUAAAACAAAAGUCAGUUUGAUAUGGGAACUGUGCAAUCUGUCAAAAAGAGAAGUUAGGAAGUUUAAUGGGUACAGAGGUGACAGGAAGAGAAGAGUCAUGGCAAAUGAUUGCAACAUCGCAGAGUGUUGGGUUGUUUUGGUCCAGGGCCACAUAGAGACAAACACAUCCACUUAUAAUCAAUUUAGUGUGUCCAAUUUACAUAAUCCAUAUUGCAUGCUUUUAGACUGUGGGAGGGAACUGGAGAACCAGGAGAAAACCCAUGCACACAUGGGGAGAACUUGCCAGCUCCAUGCAGAAAGACCCUUGUGGAUAGACGGCUUUUGAUGAUUUCUUUUAAAGUGAAUAUACACAGAACCUUUAAUGUUGUUUUACAUGAUCUAGGUUGGCCUUGUGGAACUUUUAGGGUGCUUAAACAUGUGUGUCUGGGAAGCUCUGGCCUAAUAGUUUCACACUAAUGUGAUUUUGUUCUGUAAUUGUUAGGAUUUUUUUUAAAAAAAACUCACAAAAUGGCUGACAGCUAAUCACUUCCGGGUCAGCUCGCGCACACAGGAACCUUUCACUUUCAUCCUUGUUAUCAUUAUUGUGACUGUAACACACAGCAAACGAACCGAAGGCGCAACAACCGUCACACCGCUGCGGCAGACAUUAUUACCACUGCGGCGAAAAACCUCAGCACAGCGCGGGCGGUUUCUAACAAAAUGCCUUCUCCUAAAACUAAAAGCCCGGCUCGGAGCGGAGGAAGCCCGGUUCUCGGUAGCUCUAACAACGGACGCUACGAGUUCAUGUCGCUGACGAAGCCGAUGAACCGGUCCUCGCCGCCGCAUCUAAUCCAGCGACAAGGUUCCGACCCAGCUACAGCCCGGCUCCGAGCCUCUGAGAGCCCCACACGGCGCCGAGGAUCCAACUCGUCCACGGGCUCCGGGAGCGGUCUGCAGGAGGAAGACGGUAUACGGCUCAACCCGUCCUUCUUUCGCGUAGCGCUCAGCUCCCUGCUCGCCAUCGACCUGUGGCUGUCGAAGCGGUUGGGAGUGUGCGCCUGCGAGGACUCGUCGUGGGGAAGUGUGCGGCCGCUAAUGAAGCUGAUUGAGAUAUCGGGCCAUGGCAUUCCCUGGCUGGUCGGUACCGCCUACUGCCUGUUCAAAAGUGACAGCGCUGCGGGACAAGAAGUCAUGCUCAACCUGUUCAUGGGUCUACUCUUGGACCUCAUCCUGGUUGGUAUUGUCAAAGCAGUGGUCCGUCGACGUCGGCCAGCUCAUAAUCGCAUGGACAUGUUUGCUACCUUUUCUGUGGACCGCUACUCUUUCCCGUCUGGCCACGCCACUCGCGCAGCCAUGUGUGGGCGCUUCCUUCUGGCUCACCUCGUGCUGGCUGCCCCGCUGCGAGUCCUCGUCCUGCUGUGGGCCGGCCUGGUGGGGCUGAGCCGAGUGCUGCUGGGCAGGCACAACGUGACUGAUGUGAUGUUUGGCUUCUGGAUGGGUUAUUGGCAGUACAACCUGGUGGAGAUGCUGUGGCUCUCACCUCAGACCCUUCAAGGGAUUCUGGGACAGUUAGCUUAACAUGAAGAAGAGGCUGAAGAAGGAGGAGACAUGGCAGUUUGAAUUUUCAUUGUCAGAACACCUGCACAGCUCUUGUCCAUAGUUAAGACUGUCAAGAGAUGAUUAAUGGUUGUUUCACCAGAGAAGACAGAGAGCUGUAAAGACACCUGAAUCCAACUUCCACUCCUUAUUCAUCACACCAUGAUUUUAGGGCCCUUGCUGUAUUCACCUGUCCUUCUAGGCUAAAUCCAUUCUACUACGUUUUCAUUUGAAAAAAAAAAUGUAUUCUCAGAUUUAAACAUUUUUUUAAUGACAACGGACAAAUUAAUUGCCAAAUAACUGAUGGGAAAUGACAUGCGUGGUUAUACAAUUCAAAUGAAUCUCUAGUUAAAUUAAUUUUUUAAAAGUGGAUUAAAUAGAUUUGUCUCUUCAGACCAAAAUGCUGCCCCAUAAAAUAGGGAAAAAAGGGAACUGUGUAGAGGGUGCGAGUCAUGUUUUAAAAUGUAGUUUGCUUCCGGUUGCAAAACUAAUUCUGUAGCUUUGAGAUUUGUAAUUUGUUUGACCACCACUGUGUCCCUUUUUGGAAUGUACAGUCACUUGCAACCCAUCCUCCUAUUGGACAAUACCAGGAGGUUGUGGAGGGGGUGUGUGUUGAUGUCUAUGAUGGCAUGCAGCGUCCGUAAUGCCGCUCCCCCAGCUAACAACAGCAUAAAACAGUGCACUUGCCACUGUUGAUUGGUAGAACAUCUGCAGCAUGUCACUGCACACAUUGCAGGACCUGAGGAACCGCCUCAGGAAAAAGUGGCGACUCUGCCCCUUCCUGUACACUGCAUCUGUGUUAGCCCCAGCUAUUUGUGGGACUGCACAGUCUCUACCUCCACUCUCCCAGUGCAGACUGACUGCCAUGGUGUUUUUGAUCUCCUGAAGUCCACCACCAGU